GAUCCUUAAGCUGCUUGGAAGCAAAUACAUUUAUAAGGAUUAGAGAUGAUAGAUGCUAAGAGUUGACCAGUGGAAUAACAUAACAUAAACUAUUAUAGAACUCGUUCAUUUAUUUAUGAGACUCGUUGCUGGAACACCCAAGCGGCAAUGCAAGUGGCAUAAAUAGUGAGCGAGUGAGCGAGAGAGAGAGACAGACACUUGUCGCCUUGUCAUAAAAUAGCAGCUGAAAAAAUGUUUGCUAGACUGCCGGCUGCAGGCGGAGGCAGUGAUAUUUAUCAGCAUCAGGAUCAGGAUGAGGAUGCAACGUCAACAUUGAGAUCGGCAUUUCCCAAUUCCCGACUGGAUUCACUGGCAGCACAUCCAACGCCCGCAACGGAACAUGAUGCAAGUCUAGACAGUCAAUUGGCAGCGCCAGAUACAGUGGACACUGGCUAUAAUCCAUUGGACGAUGAUUGGUGGUCCAAUGCCAUUGAGGUGGACACAUUUGACUCGCCGCUGGCCUUCGAUGCCAGCGAGAAUGGACUGUGGAAUGGGCAUUUUGUGCCACCGCCGCCACGUCCGCCCUUUCUGGAUGAAAGCGUCGCCGCUGACGGUCUGACCACCUGUGAUCUAUGCACGUGGGCCUGGCAGCGUAAUGCCUACUCCCUGGACGGUUCGAUAGAUAAAGCUGGCGAACUUGGAUGGGCAUUCACCCUAAUUGUAGUCUCAAUCAUAUCGGCUCUUAUAGGUGCUAUUGUAAUGGUCAUAGUUCUAAGAUGUAGAAGAAUUAAAUCAGCGAAUGCCAAUGGUGGUCGCCCGCAGCCGUGGUGGUGUCGCAAUAAUCGCAAUGCCGGCGCACAGAAUCGUUCGCCAAUCUCCAUAAAACAUUCGGCGGACAGCAUAAGGCGACCCACAAGUAAUUCCGGUGUCUGGACUUGGCUCGGAGGCAGUCGACGCUCUUCGGCGGGUCCGGAUCAGAUUGGUCCGCCAUCGACAUCGCCAGCUGAGAAUCAUUAUACUCAUAUGGAUGAUGCAUAUAGUCCGGUUGGAGUCAGUGAAGCUCUCUAUGCGGAACUCGAUCGUGAAUCUGUGCGCUCAGCCAAUCCGUCGUAUCAGAAUACGGCGUACAGUCAGUGUGGCGAGAAAUACAAUUUCCAGGGCCACGAGCAAGACAUUCCCAUGGUGGUGUCGUCAGCGCCGAGCAGCGCCUACUACUCGGAUCUGUCGGUGACGGCGAUGCCAGGUGGCGCCAGUGGCAGUAACCAGGGCGCCUAUGAGAUAGUUGGCCUAAAUGUCAUGUCCCAGCCACUGCCCAAUUGGGAGCAUCAUGGCGGUGGUGUUGGCGGUGGCGGUGGUGGCAAUGGCGUUGGCGGUGGAGUGGCAACAACCAAUGUUGGAUUGUCGCCGGGUGAGGCAGCUGCAGCAGCGGCCAUGACGCAACGACGCAUGCCACGUCUGGCGGCCAUCAAUGAGACGAGCACCAGCACAGUGCCCUCAGAUUAUGUUUAAGCAUUUACGUUUAUAAUUUAUGCAAGUCUUUAUAAAUGUUUUACUUUAAAAAAGUGAAGAUAUCGAGAGAUAUAAGAAAGAAA